AUGUCCUUUUGUUAUUCUGCGGAACUGGCUAACGACUUGGAAGCCCUAUUCCAUAAUAGUGAUGAAUAUGACUUGGUCAUAACAUGCGGCCAAAACGACGAAGUGGAAGACAUAGGCGCCCAUUCGCUCCUCUUGCGAGCGCGGUGCGCUUACUUUAGAACUGCUCUAUCAAAAAAAUGGCAAGAACGCGAGAAUGGAAUUAUCAAGUUUUCGAAACCUAAUAUUGCGCCCAGAAUCAUCAAGAUAAUUCUGAGGUAUUUGUACACUGGACUAUUUCGAAUAGAUACAUUACCGAGUGAAGACCUAUUAGAACUGUUAACAGCAUCAGACGAGUUGGGCCUUUCAACAAUAUUCAACGAAACGGAAAUGUACCUAACUGAAAAACGGCACGAAUGGCUACUUCAGAAUCUCGUCCCCCUUAUGAACCCAGGGGAAUAUUUUACAAAAGUACGCGUACCGUAUAAGGCUCUCUUAUCACCUGAAUUGGACGAAGAAAUACUUCAAUAUUUUCACAUUUCCAACUUCAAGCCCUCGUUCAACGUACUACCCAAACGCCAUGGAUCGAUUGAUUCGACUAUAAUAGGGUUUCGUCACUCGUCGUUGAUAUACUCGACAAUCAGCAAAUCCAUAGACAAGCCAUUUAGAUUCAACCUACUUUUUCGUGCAAGCUUACACGGUUUUCAGCCAAACGUGUUUCACUCGAGGUGUGAUUUUGCCAACAAAACUAUCGUCGUAGGAAAGAUCGUAGGGAGCAAGGAUAUAAUUGGUGGAUAUAAUCCGGUUUCAUGGUCUCAAGGAACUCAGUUGCUAUUUACAACAAGCUGUGGUCCUUAUGAGGAGCUAUGGCCAUCACUGAGGUAUUAUAGAUUCGCGAUGGAUAGUUUUUUGUUUGCAUUUAAGGAUGGGGAGAAAGAUCAGUACCGCAUAAGCAGAGUAAAUGCGGCUACUCAGGCUAUUCUAUGCACUCCCAGUUACGGGCCUAGCUUUGGCGAAUCCGAUUUGAUAAUCGCAGAUCGAAGAGGAUGGUGUAUGCCCAAGAGUUAUGAAAAGUUGUUGGGGCAGACUGGAGUAUUUAUGCUUGAGGAUUAUGAAGUUUUUGAAGUAAUUGUAUAA